AUGCCAGUGCGAUCUCCCAACAUGAACUCUGCUGCAGUACAAGAUAGCUCAGAAUUUCCCAAGAAUUCCAAUAUACCCCUCGUUGCCGAGAAGGAAGAAACUAAUGAAAAUGUCAGUAAAGAAAAGCUGAACAACAUGAAGCUCAUCAUGAAAACAUUUGUAUUGGGCGCUCUCCGAGAAAAAGAACAGGGAAACACAACUCGCUACAAUGAAUUGGUGGAAAUCCUCGGCAGAGACCCUUCAAGUCCUGAAGCACCCUCCACACUCAAAUUAUAUACUUGGAUUGUGGUCCUCUCUCAAUCCGUCUCUCUGUUGGAUAAAUCCUGCGCUACACUGGUGGAGGCUGCCCUCAUGGUGGAUUGGAGUUUCCGCAACAGAGCAUUUGUGAACGCAUACAUUGAUUUCUUGGAGAAUCUUGUUUCGGCUCAUGCAUUUUAUGUUGUGCCCAUUUUGAAUGCUCUUGUCCAAGGGUUCAGAUAUCGUGCUCAUCUUCCCGAGGGUACCGCCGUGACACGUACGACAUCAUACGAUCGCUGUCACGAAGCUCUGCAAUGCAUACUUCAACUGAUUCCUACAGGCGCCAACUCCUUGUUUGUAAGCUUGGUUCGAUUCAUGCCUCACAAGCGAUUCAAUUCUGCAGAACAAGCUGCUUAUAUCAAGAACAUUCUCUAUGUCUCUGAAUACGUUCCCAUGUUGCGCAAACAGAUUUUGGGCCUAGUGAUUGAUCAAAUGGUGCAAAUCGAUGCUCAAAUCCAGAUUGAAUUGGACGAAAUGGACGAAGACGUUGAAUUUGAUGUAUACGACAUGAAUUUCGAUGACGACUACAGUUCAGAGCAAAGUGAAGAUGAAGUAGACGACGAUGAUUUCGAUGAUGGAGAAGGCGACAUGUCGGAUGAUGCCAGUAUCGACUCUCAAAUCUCUCAUGAUGACACAGAUCGCAAGGAUUCCAUUCAGCAAAUCAAGAAUAUGGUACGCAAAUUGGAUGCCAUGAUGAAUUUGUCAUUUCAGUAUUUCUCCAAAUGCGCUCAGUCAGCCUCGGUGGAUGUGCAGAAUGAAAUUUUUUACUCGUUGGUGGACAUCUUUGAUCGUGCUGUUCUCAAGACCCUGAAAUCAAGAUACACCCAGUUCUUGCUGUUCUACUUUUGUUCCCUGAAUGUCAAUGUCUAUAGCGACUACUUUUUAGAGCAUCUGAUUCAGCACAUUACUGACCCCCUCAAGCCUAACGUUACUCGUGUUGCUGCUGCUGCCUACAUCCAAUCUUACGUUGCUCGUGCCAAGUUUCUGGACCCUAGCACGAUCCAAAAGGUGAUCUUGACCCUGUCUGUGUGGUGUGACAAUUAUGUGGAUCAAUACGAAUCUCAAGUGGUGAGUUUGGACUGUACAAAGCACGAUGUCUUUUACGCAGUUGUGCAAGCUACCAUGUAUAUCUUUUGUUUCCGUUGGAGAGAUUUGGUGAUUGACAAUGAUCUACAAAUUGAAGAGGAUAUGGAGGAAGAUAUGAUCUCAGAAGAACAUCGCCAUUUAACACACCCAGAAUCUGGCUUUGGUAAUGGUGCGUCUCGCACUUGGUGCGUUGGUCUGCGUAACUUGCCUCGUUUGGUGAUGAGCAAGUUCAAUCCUCUCAAGCUGUGUGCGCCUGCGGUUGUUCGACAAUUUGCCAAAUUGUCACGCAAUACUCAUUUCAUGUACGUAUACCCUGUUUUGGAAAAGAACCGAGAAGUGUUUGUUCCAGGAUUAGGAAGUGCUAGCUUGUUACAAACUGUGCAAACAUUCUUUCCAUUUGAUCCUUACAAGCUGGAUGGUAGCCGUACGUACAUAGAUGACAUCUAUUUCGAGUGGAUUGCAGAAGAUGAUGAGGAGGACGAGAGUGACGAAGAAGAUGAGGAGGAGACAGAAGAUGAGGAUGUGACAUCCGGAAUGAUGGCCAUGAGUAUUAGUCCGAGCCCUACUCAUUAUUUGCAGUAA